ACUAGUAACUAUUAUGAUAGAGAAAUAUUCUCAUGAGAUUCAAGUAACUCCUUUAUAUAUAGUUAUCACUUAUCACAUCCCCUGAGUUCAUUGAACGAAAAAAACUUCUGAGCAAACAUUGCAGAGUAAGGAGAUGGGGUUUGGAGAAAUAUGGUCCCAACUAGGAUCCAUUAUGGCUAGCAUCAUGUUCGUGUAUGCCAUGUAUGAGCAGUUCUUCCCACCUCAUCUUGACAUCUAUGUUCGAAGGUUCACACACAAAUUCACAGGCAUUUUCUAUCCUUACGUCCAGAUAACUUUCCCUGAGUUCACAGGAGAGCAACUCAAGAGAAAUAAAGCUUACACUGCGAUCAGAACAUACCUCAGUGCAAAAUCAUCAAAAGCAGCAAGAAGGCUUAAAGCUGAGGUGGUGAAAAAUAGGCAGAACCCGCUCAUGCUUAGCAUGGACGACAAUGAAGAGAUCAUGGACGAGUUUGAGGGUGUCAAACUCUGGUGGGCUGCAUACUACACUGUCCCUAAGUCCCAGUCAAUUUCAUGGUACCCUUCUUCAGAUGAGAGGAGGUUCUUAACACUCACUUUCCACAGACGCCACCGGGAGCUCAUCACUACUACUUACAUCCAACAUGUGCUGGAUCAAGGCAAGGCGAUUGCAUCAAGGAACAGACAGCUGAAGCUGUUCACCAACAACCCCAGCGAUGAUUGGAAUGACUGGAAAAACACCAAGUGGAGCCACAUACCCUUUGAGCACCCUGCAAGGUUUGAAACACUGGCAAUGGAUCCAAAGAAGAAGGAGGAGAUUAUAAACGACCUUGAAAUGUUCAAAACAGGAAAAGAGUACUAUGCCAAGGUUGGGAAGCCUUGGAAGAGAGGUUACCUACUUUAUGGUCCACCAGGGACUGGGAAAUCAACCAUGAUAGCUGCCAUAGCUAAUUUCAUGAACUAUGAUGUAUAUGACCUUGAGUUGACAGCAGUCAAAGAGAAUACUGACCUGAAAAGAUUGUUGAUUGAAACCUCCAGCAAAUCGAUCAUAGUGAUUGAAGACAUUGACUGCUCUCUUGAUCUAACAGGCCAGAGGAAACAGAAAAAGGAAAUAGAUGAGAAUGAGGGUGAGAAAACCAAAAAUCCUGUUAAGAAGGCUGAAGAAGAAGAAGAAGAGAAGAAGAAGGCAAGCAAGGUAACACUAUCUGGGUUGUUGAAUUUUAUUGAUGGGAUUUGGUCAGCAUGUGGGGGAGAGAGGAUCAUCAUUUUCACAACCAACUUUGUGGACAAACUUGAUCCUGCUCUCAUUAGGAGAGGGAGGAUGGACAAACACAUAGAAAUGCCCUAUUGCAGUUAUGAAGCUUUCAAGGUGCUGGCCAAGAACUACUUGGGUGUUGUUGAUGAUUCACAUAGCUUGUUUCCCAUUAUUGAGAAGUUGUUGGGAGAGACCAAGAUUUCACCUGCUGAUGUUGCUGAGAAUCUGAUGCCAAAGUCAAGAACUGAAGAUUCUGAUACUUCCUUGCAUAAUCUGAUUCAGUCUCUUGAGAAUGCCAAGGAGGAGGCCAAGAAGAAGGCAGAGGAGGAAGCAAAGAAAAAGACUGAGAAUGAGGAAGCGAAGUUGAAGGCUGAGAAAGAUAAAGAGGAGUUGCCUCAAGAGGAAGAGGUGAAAGCAAAUGGAUAAUCUAGGGAAGAGGUGAACCAACCAUUGAUUUGGAUUUGGAUCAUAUGCAUGAGCUGCAUCUUUUUAUUUUGGCUUUUAACAAUUAUAUUUCAUCUUCUUAGUAUAAUGAUAGAUGUAUGUUAUUAUUAUAUUGCGUGAUCAAGUAUAGUUUAGACUACAUUUAAGAAUGAUAAACUGAAUUGAUGAUUCAAGGGUCAUGCUAAGAUUUUAUGAACUUGAAAGAAGCGAUAUGAACUUGAAAGAAGCUCAGCAUGAACUUGGUUGUACUUGUCCCAUCCAGGUUCUGAGUAUAGCGAUUGUUAUUUAUUCAACUUUGAUAUAUUCACACUUUUUUUUCGUUUU